ACAGAGGGGUAACUUCUUAAAGGUGACUUUGGUUGUUCAAUCCUCCAAGGAUAUGCAAGGUUUACCUACAGAACCUAAGAUCAUAGAAUGACCUUUGGGUUAAAUAAACUCUUUAGCUGUCUAUGGUACUGUUCCUGUGAAAUAAAGGCAUGUCUAGAGAAAUUCAUAGAUAGUUUGGUCUGGGACUGUCUCAAAUAUAGACAGAGAAACACACUGUCUUUGUCUUACACUAGUACUAGCACCCAAAAGAAAAAGAUGAGUGUAAUUUUCUUAUUGACUGAUAAUUUGUGUUUGCCAGACUAUAAAUGCAGAGGUUAUACAGUUAUGAUAAAAAUACUGGUUGACAAAUUACCUUAUAUCCAACUGACAUUUUAAUAUUAUCUUUAUUUGGUACAUAUGUCAGUUGUGUCAAAUAUUUUGCUACCUAUGUAUUUGUAAAAAUAUGUUUUUGAUUCAUAAUAUUGAAAAACAAAAUUAAGUGCUUAAAUUAAAUAGAGUGGAGCAAAGUACUCAAUAUGUAAAAGUGGUAAAAUAGUAUUUUGUUAGGAGAAAGAUUUUUUUUAAUAAUGUAUGUUGCAUUCAAAUGGCUGUCGGCAUUAAGCAUUGCCAUGUGGCUGGGACUGUGCUGUCUUGAUAUGUAUUUGGCCCAGUAUAAGACUAGCAUUUAUUUAAGUACUGCUGUCACCCCUUUCAAGAUUUACAAAUAUACCAAUGAGUCUGUUUUGAAAGAUGUAAAAAUUGAAAAUUUAACCCAAAACUGGCAUCUAAGAAAAAAACAUAAGCAUCAUCGGAUUGCCUACCUACAUUACGUAACGUUUUUGGCUGGCGCCAUUGCUGUGUUCAUCUACAAUAAGAAAACCUCGUUGGCUACAUACUGCAGAAGUAAGAUUAAUAUACCAUUUAAAUUGCUCGAAAACCAAAUCAGUUUCAAAAUAACCGCCGAAUAUGCAAGUGUUGCCAUGCUCCAAUGUUGGAGAUUUUUAAAGGAAAAAUUGCAAUACUAUGCUUACAAUAUGAAGCAAUCUCAAAAUGGACAGAACACUAAUUUAUCAUUACUUAAAAGGUUGAAGGACCUUGUGCGUGAUCGUAAAGCUCUAGGCCAGAUUCUAAUGGCAGCUAUUGAAGAGAACAAAAAUAUCAGGCGACAAUGUCAGUUAGAGAUCAUCGCCAAAAAUCGGCUUUUACGUUACGUCCAAGACACACAAAAUAUUAUGAAGAAGACCAAAUCACGCUACGUAGAUUUUCAGCAACUUUACAUGACGACCGCAAAAGAAAAUUGUUUCCUAAAAACCACCAUCAAAAAACUGCAGAACGAAAAAUCUGAAGCAGAGAAAAAUCUGUUAGAGUUGAUCAAUAUCGUUUAUAGAUCGAGAAAUAACGAUCUAAAGGCCUAUUGCACCCGCUUCAUUGUGCAUACGAAGAAAAACUUACUAAAUUCGGACGUCACUGCUGAAAUACACAAGUUUUUGCAAAAAUCGAAACCUUUAAUAACUGUUAUUGACGAAAAAUCGCUUCUUGCCAACAGUGAUCUUGUAACCCCUCGGGUAACUGAAGUUUUGGAAGAUGAUAACAAUUUCGCAAGUUUUGGUUCCAGUGGACCCAAACUACGUGGACUGCCGGGCGAAUACGUCUGGACUGCCAAAAAUAAAGACGGCAUUAUUGAGAAGCUAUACGAAUACGAUUGUGAAACUCAUUCAGAUGAUGGUGACACUAUACGAAGGAUAAGGGAAUAUUCUGUAUAUCAUGAUAAGGAUAGUCUGUUGGAUCAGACGAGUUUGGCCGCUAACAUCCCAACUUUCCCAAGCUUAAGCGCGAGUGCUACAAGGUUAAGGCUCGAUAUUAAAUCCUUCUCAAGCCAAGGGUUCCUGACAAAAAUCCUGCUCAAAAAUAUUCCUUUACAACUGCCGUCCUGCGCUGAAACACCUCCGUUGCCCUAUACUACGAGUACUUGUGAUUCGUAGAAAAUGUAUGCAUGUAGAGAUCGUGUCAUUCACGAUGACGCGUGCCUUGACAGUAAGUCAUGUUAUUCAAGCUUAGAUUUGCACAUGAUUUGACAAAUCUGCUCGUCAUCGGGGACGACAAGAACUACUUAUAACUUAAAAAUAAAUUCAUUUGUAUUAGGCAAA